UCGUGACCUAUGGAUUGAUCUCGUUUCACGGAAGCGGCUAGUGCGGGAGCGGAGCUGUCUGACGAAACCGCAAUGGAGCCCGGUUGAAUGUGGUAGCGACUUUAGCGAGAUAUGGACCAUUUUAGUGUAGUUUAAUUUAACUUACUUGAUGCCCAAAACCAAAAGCCCGAGCACUAAACAAUAUGUGGAGAAUACAAGGGCUCGUAUGCAGAGUUCUGAGCCGCUACCACGCCAACGCACCUCUGCGCAUCACCCAGGGUCACCACCACGUUGAGGAUGACGUUCGCGGCAGCUCCACGGUUCUGUCCACCGGUCUGCUUCCGCCAGACAGCAGCUCACAGGCUGGAGGAAAUGGGGAGAGGCAGAGGAGGAAAAGAACUUCGCAGUUCUGCCACUCUGGUCUGCCCCGUUACACCGCCCUGGAUGCUGUGGGAUGGGGUGUGGCUGCUAUGCUCCUCAUGCAGAUCUGCAGGAGGAUCCACUCCCAGUUCUCCUCUGUGAGCGAGGCGAAUCCCUCCCCAGGACUGCACAGGGAGGCGAACCUGCUGCGGAGGUGUGGCUACAGAGUUCUGCAGGAGAUCUUGUGCCGAGAGGACGUCCUGCCCAGAGGGAUUCCUGUGAAUUGCCUUGGGAGCGUGAAGGCCAUCCAGGGCAGCAGCAGUGGCAGUUCUGUUGGCCACACCCACUCGACAGAAGACUCCACCCCCUCUCUCACAGAGAAUGAGUCUUUGAGCAAUGACUCUGCCCAAUCAGGGGAGACCCUGUCCUCUUCAGAAUGUGAUCCCAAAGACACCAGUCCCUCUCAAAACCCCAAAGAUAAAGCUAAGAAUCCUCUCUGCCCGGAGGACGAGGAGCUGUCGAGUGCAGCAAACAACCUGAAGCAAACUGCAGAUUCCAGUGUGCCUGUCAUUCUGAAUAUUAUCGGCAUAGAGAAUGCUAAGAGCGGAGACUACCAGGCGGCUUUCUCCUGCUUCCUGGCUUCUGCCCAGCACGGUUACAGCAAAGCGCAGUUCAACGUGGGAGUCUGCUACGAGAAGGGAAGAGGAGUCCGGACAGACAAGGACAAGGCCGCCCAGUUCUAUCAUCAGGCUGCAACGGGCGGACACAGUCAGGCCAUGUACCGUUACGCCAAGUACCUCCUGACCUCUAGGGGUCAGCAGAGCGCAGAGGAUACGCACACGGCCAUCGGGCUGCUAGAGGGCGCUGCAGCCUCUGGAGUGAGAGAGGCCCAGGCUUACCUGGGGGUCCUGUAUUCCCAGGAGUCUCUGAGAGACGAACAGAAAGCCGUCGCCUACCUGAGAAUGGCGGCAGAGAACAGGGACUCGCUCAGCCAGCUGUACCUUGGUCAGUGUUACGAGUGGGGCUUCGGGGUGCAGCAGUGCUUCAGGACUGCUGUGGGUCUGUAUCAGCAGGCGGCCAAAGCCGGGAACCAGCAGGCCCUGAACAUCCUCUCGACCCUCUACUCUACAGGCAGCAGAGCCCCUGAGGAUGCUGCUCUGCGCUCGAUCCGCUCCGCCCCGUGCUUCUCCGUGGGCGACGCCCUCCAGCUCCGCCUCCACCCCGCCCUCUCCAACCUGGAGCCCGGCCCCCCUUUUCAGCCCCUCCCCCACUCCUGGAGCACGGGCAGCUUCUUGGCACAGUCCCUCCCCAGCAGCGGCGGCGGCCUGCUCUCCGAGGGGGAGAGGACAGGGGGGAGCCCGCUGCUGCCCAAUUCUCGCCCCUGUAGGUGGACAAUAGGAUUCGGUUAGCGGCCCAGCAUUCAUGGUGGGGACGGGAGUACCAUAAAUCACCCUGUCUUAGUUCAUAUCAGCCACAGAGGGCUUCAUUCAGUCGGUAUUGCAUCUCUUAUGGAAUACGCAUGCAUGGAUUACAAUGGGGAACUGUUGUCUCUAUAGUAGUCUCUUUGGCAAUGAGUAACGUGCUGGUUGUGCAGAUGGAUUACCCGCUGCAUUCGAUGGCUUAGCCAUUACACUUCUGGGUACAGAGCGCAGUAUUCACCAGACAUGGUGUCCGGCCUCAUUCACGGGCAGUAGGUAAUGCUAAAGUCCACCAGGGUUUCAAAUGGCUAAUCCUUUGAGAAGUGUUGGGGAUCAGCAAUUAGCAUAAAAAUGUUCUUGGGGAGAACAGAGGGGCACCGCAGGUCCGGGAUGAAUGUCCAGGGUGCAGGGUUUACAGAGAGAGGGUUUCACAAGAGAGGUCGCCGUGAGGGAGAAAUAUGGCAGCCGCACAAUAAUUACAGCCCUUUGUGUCCCGCUCACAUUAAUGACUUUGAGCUACUUUUCAAGAGCCUUUUGACCAGACUUCACUCCCACCUGCAAUGCACUUACAAUGGAGGCUUGGUGUGAAGGCUGUUUUAUUUUUAGCCUGUUUAAAUGGUGGCCAGCGUGUGGGAGUGUCUGGCCCAAAGCUGUGAGUAGGCGGACGUCUGUCUUUGCCACUUUUAAAGAUUUAUUUUUUCCUUUUGUUUGAAUCGCUGGUGUCCGUACUUCGCUCUCCUCCUGUUGCUGAGCCUUAGCGGAGGGGAGCCGCCAUUUUGAAUGUGCCUUUUUACGGUGACAGCCCGGCUUUUUAGAGAACCAUUCAGUCAAGUCCAAGGAAAGUUUUGUAUUUAGAAAUGAGCUAUGGGGCGACAUAGCUCAGGAGGUAAGACCGAUUGUCUGGCAGUCGGAGGGUUGCCGGUUCAAACCCCGCCCUGGGCAUGUCGAAGUGUCCUUGAGCAAGACACCUAACCCCUAACUGCUCUGGCGAAUGAGAGGCAUCAAUUGUAAAGCGCUUUGGAUAAAAGCGCUAUAUAAAUGCAGUCCAUUUACCAUUUACCAAGCUAUGGCAGCAAGAAACUAACGACCCUGAACAUUUCAAGACAGUUACUGUUCAUAUUUUUUAAGCUUUUAUCAAGGUGGCAGAUUGUUCCUGAGCUAUUAAGAGUGUGCUUCUCACGCUGGCCAUCUGUGCCAAAUUAUUUUUAUGUUCUGGUGAUGGACAGUUACUGUGGGUCUUGAGACAAAAAUGCUACUUUUGAGAAUUUGACAGAGUUGAAAUGAGUGCAUGAAUAAAAAAAACCAUGUAGGUUACAACUCAUUAGUUUAGCUAAUAAAUGGGAUUGUACUUUUACUGUUAAGUAUUACUACCUUAAAUUUCUUUCUUUGUUUCUCAGAAUAGUCUUCAUAGACAAAUGGGUGUGGUAUUUUUGUGAAAGCAGUGUGCAGGUUGACUAAAGUAAUAACUGAAGAACUACUGCUUUUUAACGCACAACGUGAAUUCAUUAAUAAACAAGCUAUUUUCUACCUUGA